AUGGCUCUCAAGCUCGAUCCGGACGACAUUGCUUCCCACUUCCGCACCGCGGUUGUGCUUAUAGAGGAAGGCCGCUUCUCACAGGCCGAAACCUGUCUCGAUGCUGCCAACCGACUCUCAAAUCUGCAACCCAUGUCGCGAUAUAAUCUUGACUCCAUCGCUUCGCUUUGGACUGAACUCGCCAUUGACAUCAAGAACGGUGCGAACACUUCUCUCUUCCUGACGCCGAAGCGAGCGACAAAGUGGUUCGAGCACAUCAAGAUUUGCGCCUCAAAAUCCAACAACGCUCUCAAAACUGUUCGACGACAGCAGAACGGGCUGGUAGACACACGCGGUGGUGGUCGGUCCCUACGCUCACAAGCUCAAGCAAGGUCAUUGUGA